AAAGCAACGUUCUGGCUAAAUUUCCUUUAAAUGUUCGAAAGGUACUUAUUUCUGAGAUAACCCAAACUUUACUUCAAGCUCAUGAUCCAAAUCUUUUAUCAUCGAUCACUCAUGUUAAAUGGGUUAUGGAAGCAAUUGGUCAAGGAUUUGCUUUACCUUUUGAGGAAAU